AUGCCUUCUCAUCUGGAGGACCUCCCCCCAGAGCUACUGGCAUAUAUCCUCUCGUUCUGCACCUUACCCAGUUCGCUCGCGCUCGCACGUACGUCAUCGUGGGUUCGUCACACACUCAAGCACUCGAUGCAAUGGGCUUUCCCUCUCUUGCGCUGCUCGAUCGAAUGCCAAGCCAACGUCGUCUACGUCGGUGAUCCACCCAGGGAGGUGUGUGCGGCCGAAGAUUAUGAGCGCGAAUGGGAUAUGUUGGGUGGGAUCGCAGGUUACGAUUGGUCGAUCGGGAGGUUGGUCCCCAGGGCGGUUUGGGUCCAGGUCUUGUCCCAGUUGACGAGGGGCAUGUUGCUCCAGAUGGAAUUGCCGAGGUUACUUUCAAACGAUUGGAGCGUAAUGGCGAGAGGGAGAUUUGCGAUAAGCCUCGUUCGCAAAGAGCUGGAACUGGUGGUGGACGAGGUCGAUUUUUGGUACGCCGAGCACACCCAUAUCAGGAGGGGUAGAUGGAAGUCGACCUUCUUGAGUGAGUGGCGUGCCUUUCGGGGCGGAGUAGUGGGGUCACCAACGCAGGGUGGUUUCAUUGCUCCCCUAUUUCUAAACAGGCCACCUCAAUGCGUUCCAGCACUCUGCCACCACUGGAUGCCACACGGAACACAAUGUGGGGCACCAUCUCUGCUGCUUCGUUCGUGCCGGCUCUCGACCAUGCUCAGCGUGCUUAGGCUGACCGCUCGCACUUUUUCAUACUUACAGUGCCACUACGUCGUACAACACCGGUUGGCUGGCUUGACCGAGAACCGCACCGCGUUCAGGACCUUUGAUCCGCUUACCAUCUUCCGUGAACUCAAGUCAGUCCCGGUGUCACCUGCAAGAUUCCAAGAAGAGCGCUCAAACGCCUGCAAUCACACGAUCCCAUAGGCGAGAGAACAACCUUUCGCGAUUCACUACGAUACAACUCGUCAGUAAACGAGAAAAGGCGAAUUAUCGAGACGAGUCUAGCGAGCUAAGCGUCACAUCGAUCUGCCCUUCGGUGGCCCGGCACAGACGAUCAAGGACGAGCUCGUCCCUCGUGACCUGCGAGUGCACGUCUACUGCUCGAUCGGACGCUCGGAUGCCUUCCUUAAGAACGAGAUCGCGAUGGAGGUGUUGACCCGACUCGGGUGUUGGUCUGAAUACCAAAGCACGACGACGGCCGAGCAAGCUAUUCUCGGUCCCGUGUUGUCAGUUUUGCUAGCCUCAUCCUGUCCGGCGUAGCGUACGACUGACGCUCGAUUCUUUCUCCGCCGCAACCGCUGUGACAGAAUCACGGCGACGAUUCGACCUGACCCAUCCACCUCAGCAUUAGCCACAACCGAACUCGGCCUGACACAAAUGGAGGAUUUCGUCCCCCUCGUCGACGCGAGCUUGCGGCGCAGCGACUUUCUGCAGGUUUGUGAGAAGGUGGGCAUCGGGCGCGACUGGUGGGCUCAGAAGGGGGUAUCUCAAAAGUCGGGACUCGGCUUCGCUUGA